GAAGCGAAAACAAGGGACUCGCUCGUGGUGCACAUCGCUUUAAAAGGCAGCGGAGGCGCGGGGUGUGAUGGGACGGUGGAGGACCGAGAGAAGGCUCGAAGCCGCCGAGAAGAUGGCCGCGGUUAGCGGGGAUUUACAGGCCAGUCGGUGGUGAAAAAUGACCAGAGACUGCUAGGCUGCUGGGCGCCGCCCUGGGGUCAUUUUAGGGGCAGAUAUGGGCUCCCAAACCCUGCAGAUCCUCAGACAGGGCGUCUGGGCUUCCAUCACGGGAGGAUGGUACUACGACCCCCAUCAGAACACCUUUGUCAAUGCCCUGCACCUCUACAUCUGGCUCUUUCUGCUCUGCUUCCCCUUCACCCUCUACAUGGCUCUUCCUCCCACCAUGGUGAUCGUGGGGAUAUACUGUGGUGUGAUAGCUGCCAUGUUCGUGCUGCUGAAGGCAGUGAACUAUCGGCUGCACACGGCGCUGGACGAGGGCGAGGUCAUCGAGCUUCGGGCCAAAGGCGGGCAGGGCCGAGGAGCAGCGGGGGAGCGGCAGAGAGACGCCCACCCACAGCAGGAGGACUCAAACGGACCUGGGGAUCCCGGAGGGGGAAUUGAGAUGGCUGAUUUUGUUCGAGAGGAAACUCCACCAGUUGACUGCAGCUCACGCAACUCCUACACAGGGAUGGACUCCAGCCACCAGAUGGUGUCCUCUCGUGGGGGUCCUGCUGCAGCUAAAGGUGAUGUUGGUAAGACCUCAGAUGACCUGAGUCUGGCUCAGAGCUGCUGUAGUCAGGAUCAGGACAUGAUGUCGGACCCAAAGAUGUACUGCCUGGUCUCCAACGGCUCCUUCGCGUCCAUGCAGCCCUCCACCUCGUUGGCUCAAGACCUUUACAGCUCCACCCCCCACCCUUUCAGCCAAUCGCUAUCCUCCUGCGACACAGAGAUCACCGCCCACAUCCCCGCCCACUCCCAGUCCUUCCGGAAGGAUCCGUCUCGUCCUCGCGGGCUCCCACGCACCUCCAGCUCGGCUGGCUCUGCCUUUCCGGACUCUUCAGUGCCCGAAUUCAGCCUUUACCCCCCUCCGCGGAGGGGUGGGCUGGACCCCGUAUGCGAACUGGACACCUCCAGGCCACAGAGGGCGCUAGAGGGCAAGGAGCAGCAGCAGGACUCGGCUGUGCCGUCUACGUCAGGGAUGGAGUGCUACAGGCAGCACAAACGAGAGCGGCGAAGAUUGGCGCGGUCCGUUUCCAGAGAGACUGGGGAGGGGGAGUACGAGGGAGAAAGCGGGACCGGACUGUACCAAGUUGAGAGCGUGCAUGGGGGGAGUUCGGGCGGGGCCGCUGUGAGGGAGAAGGGUGGGGGGCCGAGCAUGGACAGUCUGAGGAGCCUGAGCACUCGGAGCAGCGGCUCGACGGAAAGCUACUGCAGUGGUACGGACCGAGACACCAACAGCACCCUGAGCAGCCUGCACAGCGAGCAGACCAGCUCCACCCACGUGGAGAGUCUCCUCUCGCUGUCCGGCGACGAAAGAGGGGCUUCGGGACCCAGCGACUCGCUCAGCGCCAGCCUAGCCUCGGGGGAGGCCAACAAAAACCCCCACGCCAACGAACUCAGCACCAAACCAGCCACCGACGACCCCUCGACCCCUGCGAACGCAUCGCAGACCACCAGCCUGGAGGGCGCGGGGCCUCAUGCCGGCGGGGGCGGGGCCAGGACUAGUGACCCCUCCGUCCUCAUCUCUCUGGUGCAGUCUAAAGUGUUCCCGAAUGUGAAGGAGCAGAACCCUGAGGACCCGUUAGCUGAGGUUCAGGACCCUCUACCUGAGAAACUCCGGAGCUCUGUGAAUGAGAGGCUACAGUCUGAUCUGAUUGUAUGUGUGCUGAUCGCUGUGCUCUACUUUGCCAUUCACGUCAGUACCGUCUUCCUCGCCCUGCAGCCGUUCCUGAGUUACGUCCUGUACGGGUUGGUGGGAGCGGUGGGCUUGUUUACUCAUUAUCUUUUGCCCCAGAUGAGAAAACAGCUGCCCUGGUACUGUUUCUCACACCCGCUGCUCAAAACCAAAGAGUAUUACCAGUUCGAGGUCCGCGGUGCAGCCCAUGUGAUGUGGUUCGAGCGGCUCCACGUGUGGCUGCUGUUCGUGGAGAAGAACGUUCUCUACCCCCUGGUGGUUCUGAAUGAGCUCAGCGGCAGCGCGCAGGAACUGGCCAGCCCCAAGAAGCUCAACACAGAAGUGGGGGCAUUAGUAAUAACAGUAGCUGGGUUGAAGUUGCUGCGUUCGUCCUUCAGCAGUCCCACCUAUCAGUACGUCACCGUCCUCUUUACCGUCCUCUUCUUCACCUUCGACUGCCGUCAGCUCUCCGAGACGCUGCUGCUCGACCUCUUCGUCAUGUCCAUUGUCUUCAGCAAGUUGUGGGAGCUGCUGUAUAAGCUGCGUUUUGUCUACACCUACAUCGCCCCGUGGCAGAUCACCUGGGGCUCCGCCUUCCACGCCUUUGCCCAGCCAUUCGCCGUGCCUCACUCCGCCAUGCUGUUUGUACAGGCGAUCGUUUCAGCCGUCUUCUCCACCCCUCUGAACCCCUUCCUGGGCAGCGCCAUCUUCAUCACCUCCUACGUCCGACCUGUCAAAUUCUGGGAGAGAGACUACAACACAAAGCGAGUGGAUCACUCCAACACCAGAUUGGCCUCUCAGCUGGACAGAAACCCAGGUUGUGAUGAUAAUAAUCUGAACUCCAUCUUCUACGAGCACCUGACGCGUUCUCUGCAGAGUUCUCUGUGUGGUGACCUGCUGUUGGGCCGCUGGGGGAACUACAGCACCGGAGACUGUUUCAUUCUCGCCUCCGAUUACCUGAACGCCCUCGUCCACCUGGUGGAGAUCGGAAACGGACUCAUCACCUUCCAGCUCCGCGGCCUGGAGUUCAGAGGAACGUACUGCCAGCAGAGGGAGGUGGAGGCCAUAACGGAGGGGGUGGAGGAGGACGAGGGCUGCUGCUGCUGUGAGCCGGGACACCUGCCCCACCUGCUGUCCUUCAACGCUGCCUUCGGUCAGCGCUGGCUGGCCUGGGAGGUGUUGGUCACUAAGUACGUUCUGGAGGGUUACAGCAUCACGGACAACAGCGCCGCCUCCAUGCUGCAGGUGUUCGACCUCAGACGCAUCCUCACAACUUACUAUGUCAAGGGAAUAAUCUAUUACGUAGUGGCGUCUCCUAAGCUGGAGGAGUGGCUGGGUAACGAGGCGAUGCUGGACGGGCUGAGGAGCUGCAGAGAGCGCAACUACGUCGACCUUGACCCGACAUUUAACCCCAACAUCGACGAGGACUAUGACCACAGGCUGGCCGGCAUCUCCAGAGACAGCUUCUGCUCAGUCUACCUCAGCUGGAUACAGUACUGCAACAACAGGCGACAGAAGCCGUUGGACAGUGAGAAGGACUCUGCGCUGGUCUUGCUGUGUUACGGUCUGUGUGUGCUGGGCAGGAGGGCACUGGGCACUGCAGCGCACCACAUGUCCAGUAACCUGGAGUCGUUCCUGUACGGGCUGCACGCUCUGUUUAAGGGGGAUUUCCGGAUCUCCUCAGUCAGAGAUGAGUGGAUAUUUGCUGACAUGGAGCUGCUGAGGAAGGUGGUGGUACCUGGAAUCCGCAUGUCUCUGAAGCUGCACCAGGAUCACUUCACCUCUCCUGAUGAGUACGAUGACCCCGCCGUGCUGUUUGAGGCGAUUUCCUCUCACGAGCAGACGCUGGUGAUCGCUCAUGAGGGCGACCCGGCCUGGCGCAGCGCCGUCCUCUCUAACUCGCCCUCACUGCUGGCCCUGCGCCACGUUCUGGACGAGGGAACCAAUGAGUACAAGAUCAUCAUGCUCAACCGCAGAUACCUCAGCUUCAGGGUCAUCAAGGUGAAUAAGGAAUGUGUGCGUGGUCUGUGGGCGGGGCAACAGCAGGAGCUGGUGUUUCUGCGGAACAGAAACCCGGAGCGUGGAAGCAUCCAGAACGCCAAGCAGGCGCUCCGAAACAUGAUCAACUCAUCCUGUGACCAGCCGAUCGGAUACCCCAUCUACGUCUCCCCGCUGACCACCUCCUACUGCAACACGCACGCGCAGCUCGGACACAUCCUGGGGGGGCCGAUCAGCAUCGCCAACAUCCGCAACUUCAUCGUCAACACCUGGCACAGGCUGCGUAAGGGUUGCGGUGCCGGUUGUAACAGUGGAGGGAACAUGGAGGAGUGUGACGGCGGUGCUCUGUCAUGUGGGAGUGGGAACAGCGGGAAUUCUGGGAAUACAGGCGGUGGAGUGAGCGAAUCACAGCACAGCUCCAUCUCACACGGCAGAGUGACUGCACCCAACGGCCAGCACACACACACUCCACACUCGCUGGGUACCAGUCACAGCUCUCAAUCUGUCCAGUCGGCUCUGGUGCGUCACUCUCCUGCUCGCGGUUCAGUGGUCAGUCAGUCUUCGUCGUUCCGGUUCAGUAGCCGUCACUCGUCCCUGCGGACAUCGGUCACGGGUUUGGAGCCGUGUCGCUCGUCCAGCAGCCAGCUCUCUCUCCGCACGCUGCAGCUCCGCCUCGGCUCCGGCCCCGCCCCUGACAUGCCCCAACCCUCCGGCUCUCUCUCCACACACUCCAUCCCACCCUGCAAACGGCACACACACACACUCGCAGGCCUGCUGGGCAGUGAGGCUGGAGGGACGGAGCUUCACCACCUGCACCAUCAUCACCACCAUCAUCACCACAACCCGUCACUGUCCUGCAUGAGGAGGGACGACAUCUCCUACAGAGUGCAGAUAGUGGACGUGAGUCAGGUGCUGGACAUGAUUAACCUGUCCAAGCGGAAGGAGCUGGUGUGGCCAGACGAGUCAAUGCGUCUUCGGGCGGGCCGGAGCUGCUGGAGGGAGUGGAGCCCCCUAGAGGGCAUGGAGGGACACGUGAUUCACCGGUGGGUGCCUUGCAGUCGUGAGCCGGUCAGUCGCUCUCACAUGGAUAAGGCCAUCCUGCUGGUUCAGGUGGACGACAAACUGGUGCCAAUCAUAGAGACGGGCGUGAUAGAGCUGGGGGCAGAGGUGUGAGAGGAACACACACACACACACUCACACACACACACACACACACACACACACUGUCCACUUUAUUCGGUCCACCUGUCCUGUCCAUUUCAUCAGGUCCAGUUACUGCGCAGACACACUCUCUGCAGUUGAAGGGUUUUGUUGCAUUUGGACACUUUCAGGCGUUUUCUUCUGGUGUGUCUGUGGGGAGUUAGACUGGAAAUGCAGGGUAGGUUGACUUUAUAAAGUGACCACUGAUCAUUCGCUUACACCUUCCCCCCCGCCGUGCUGACGGAAGGUGCUGAAAGCCAGGGAGAUGUUCUGCAGAGAGAAGCGCGCACACACACACACACACACACACACACACACACACACACACACACACUUGCUGAAACUCAGGCAGAAUCCUGCCUUGCCCUGCAUUGCUCAGAUAUGCUGCAUGACGGACGGACGGACGAACUCCCGUUAAGACGUUUCUCUUUCUUUCUUUCUUUCUUUCUUUCUUCAUUUUUGAGCAAAAGCUGACGCUUUUUUUAUUUUGUGUUUGUUUCUAUGCAUCUCAUCAGGACUGAAGCAGACCAGAGCAUAAACAGAGGCACAACACACAGUGAUAAACACUAUACUGGGCUUCAGAUAUCAGCAGUUUAUAUCUUGAUGCUUUGGUUCUGUUUUCUUUUGCCAAAUAUGGCCUGGAGCGCUGGGCUGCGCACGGCCGUCUCACGCAGAGACCGUACGAGGGAUUCGCCGAGUGGUUAAAGUGACCUCACCAGGCUCUGCUCACAAAUUCGGCCCUUCUUAGCUGCUGUUGCGAGGUUGGACAAGCUUUAGGGCCCAGUUAUUAUUAACAAUGCAAAUGAACAUGCAUGCGUUUCAGCGGAGAGCAGAAUGAGUAAAUAUUGCGUUUGAAACGUCACAGAUUCAACUUGGUGCUUCGCAACAGCGUCAAAUAACCGCAUUGAAUAUCCGAAACUGAGGAGACGCUCAUUUUUGCGUGAACAUUUCGUUCCCACUGGCUAUAAAUAAUCACAGAGAGAGAUGACAUCAGAGCUGCUUUGUGAGGAGUCUGGCUUCUUCCUAUUUCCCUCGUUAUAUAGAAAACUGGGCUGCUGAACAGCAGGGGGCGCUUGCGAGCGAGUCCUCAGUGAAUGGGAGUAAAUGGAGCUCAACGGCUAAAAACGAGAAGUUGAAAUAGUUUCUAAUCACUGAACCAGAACGUUCCUUUAGUUUUAGACAGCAGGAGGACGAGUUUCACUAAAACAGCAGAGAAAACUCACCUGUGUGUUUCCUUUAUUCUACAGUAAACGGGUUUCAGGCAGCAGGAGGCGGGGCUUUACUGCUAGAGCGGGAUGAUUGACGGGCGAGCGGAGCAGCUCAUUGGCUGUUCGCGCUCUCUGACAUCAUGAACGUACAGGAGGCGGCGGUUUAAACUCCUAUAACUUGAGAUUAAAAGCUCUUAAAUAUAACAGCGGUGUUCAAAUAUUCUAAGCUGUUCCAGAAAUGAAGGAAUUCUUUUACAGUAAAAUGUUUCAGCGUUUAUAAACAGAUUUUGCUCAAAUUCUUCAUAUUAACUCAUUUUGGACUCGCUCAGGAGCGCCCCCUAGUGUUUGGGAAACCCCGAAGACGUCACAGAGUGUAGCUCUCCUCUCUGUUCUCUGACGACAUAUCGGACCGUGUUUGUAGAAAUGUAGAUUGAUUACAGGCGUCUGUGUGAAGAUAUCUGGACUGUAUCUGGCACAUUAGCCAGCAUGCUAACUGCUAGGUUAGUGCUACAUUCAGUGUAGAAUCAAAAAGCUAAAAAAAGGCUCAGCUAAAUGAAAACGAGCUGCUGAGUUGAGUUUCCCGUUUAACAUGCUAAGCUAACGCUCCGGGCUGUGCCGUUGUAGCCGGCCUGGUGGGAAAUGACUGCCUCCGUGCUAAUGUUAGCUGGGUUAGCGCGACACAGUCGUGUAAUCUGUCCUAAGUGUGAUUUUUCACACGCGUGCGAAGUGAAAAUCGUUUGAAGUGGAUGAGGUUGCGAGGUCAGCGGGUGCGGACUUGCGAGCAGAGCGUGGGCCAGGCGUGUUGGUGGGGAUGGCGAUGGUCAGUAUCUUCAGGUCAGUGGAGCGGGAGCUUCACUCAACACUAAACACUUUCAUUUUUCUGAGGUUGGCAGAAGCAACACCAGAAGGACGGAGACGAACACCUUUGCGAGAAAUGUAGACUUGCACUACGACGUCUGUUUUCUUUCGUACUGUUUGUGUUGAUUUACAGCGAUGCACUACAAUCCUUAGGCUACUAUAUCACGUCUUUAUUUAUUGAACUGUGUGAAUCGCCAUGCCUUGGGAAUGAAAAAUGCAAUCAUUCUGUCUUUCGUUUUUCUUGCUUUUCUCUUAAACUUGAAGGCAGAAGUGGUUUUUACCGAAUAUAGUUCUAUAUGAAAAUAUAUUAUGUGACUGUAUUAAAAAAAAAAAAAAAAGGGGGUUUUGCUUUGAAUAUUUAUUACUGUGGUUAUUUACAUUUUGUUACAUCUUUUUCAUUUAUGGGACAAAAAAAAAGGUUAUAUAAACAAAUGUAUCGAGGACCAUCAGUUAAAACGGAGCCGCGCUUCUGAUGGACUGUUUCCCUGUUUAACUUAAAUUCUUUUAUAAGAUGGAAAAAUAAAAGCAUUUGAUUUACCAGC